ACCAUAAAAUAUAAAAUCACAGAGCAUCGUUUACUUCUAUCUGUCUCUCGUCGCCCACACCCAUCAGUCUCAGAAAUUCUUCUCUGUUGCCGAAAUUCUCUGGCCAUGACUUUACAAGCUUCAUCCUUCGCCGUUGGCAUUCCUUCCAUCUCAUCUCCCUUUCGACGCCACCGCAAUUUUCCUGUCUUUCGAGCCCAAGUGGAGCCAUCAGAGAAAUCUGUUGAAAUAAUGAGGAAGUUCUCGGAGCAAUACGCCCGGAGGUCAGGAACUUACUUUUGUGUCGACAAAGGAGUCACUUCUGUUGUCAUUAAGGGCUUGGCUGAUCAUAAAGAUGCAUUGGGUGCACCGCUGUGCCCUUGUCGACAUUAUGAUGAUAAAGCUGCUGAGGCUGGGCAGGGCUUUUGGAAUUGUCCGUGUGUUCCCAUGAGAGAGAGGAAGGAGUGCCACUGCAUGCUCUUUCUUACUCCUGACAACGACUUUGCUGGCAGUGAACAGACGAUCACCAUGGAAGAGAUUAAAUCAUCAACGGCAAAUAUGUAACACACAGACUGUUGUGUACUGAGUUGCUCAUUAAAAUCUGUAUCUUACACUCAUCUGAUGAUAUAUUUGUAUUUACACAAAAUAAUAUGUAUUCUCUCCUAUGAGUGGUUUCGCUAACGGGGCUUUUUUCCACAA